GCAUAUACGAUAGUAUACCGAUAAAAUAACUUAGGCCUAAGAAAAUCAUACAUAUGAUUUUCAUUUCGCUUGUCCAGAUUUUGGAACUUCCAACGUCAGUCAAGGGUUUCCAUUUCGUUGUCCUCGAAUCAGGCGCAAGGCGCAAGUCUGCCAUCAUCGUUCGAUGUAUACGAAGAUGGGAAAGCCUCACACAGAGCAAUUCAUUCUUUGUUCGAUGUAUACGAAGAUGGGAAGGCAAACCAAUUACACCACUUCAAUCACAAUUUUAGCCUAUACUCCGUAUUUUCUAUUUAUCUUCUUCCCUUUGGAUUUCGUAUUUUGCUAUCUGAUGGUUCUAUUUUGAUGCUUUGGUAUAGCAUUUACAGAGUAAACAAAUAUGGAGCAAAUCAAUCCAAUUGAUAGGCUUUGGGUAUUCAUAUUAGAGCAAAUUAACCCACAGAAAGCAAACAUUUAUUUAUUAAUUAGUCUGCUAUUUGUUUGCUUUGUUGAUACUAUGGAGUUACAUUUCAUAUACACUGGAAUUACAUUUCUUUUUGGCUAAAGUUACAUUUUGUAACACACGCUUUACAUUUCAAUUUUUUUUAAUAAGUUACAUCUUGACUACACUUGAUUUACGAUUGACAUUAUGCGAGUUACAUCUCAAAACUAUGCAAGUUACACAACAAAAUAAACCUCUGUUUUUCAAUCAAAACAUAGGUUGAAAACAUAAUAAACCAACAAAAUAAACCUCUGUUUAAUGGACCUAAUAUUAAAAACAAAACAUAUCCACUAUUUAUGUAAAAUAAUUGGACAAUUAAACUCCUUUUUUCCCAUUAAACAUGAAUUACAUUUCAGGGCACAAGUUACAUAUGUUGUUAACUGAAGUUACAUUUGUAGCAACACGAGUUACAUCUAAUUACGCACAUGUUACAUCAUUCAUGCUACUGGGAUGAAAAAAAUACUAUACACGCGUGUACUGUUCACGCGUUUUUUUAAAUUGAUCAAAACUAUGUCGUUUUGGGGUGUGGAGCAUGAUGCUCACCAUGCUCCGGUUGAUAAAUCUUCAUUGAUAAAUUUAUGUGUUUGUUCAGCUUUUCAUUUACACAAAGAAUUACAUUCGGUGUAAAUUUUAACAUGUGUUGGGAUUGUAAAUUAAAAGUACUUUAAUAAGUUUUCCAUCCUAAAAUUAUGUGUAAAUUAAAAUGCUAUGAUUGCAAAUUGUAAUAUGUGCUGGGAUGAUUUCCCUGUUUCGUAAAAAUGAACUGGGCUUUGAUUAUAAUACUAAGGAAAAAUUCACAUAAAUAAUCCCAACUAUUAGCGAUCUUCCAAUAUUAAUCCCAUAUUUCAGUAAUUCGAAUAUAAUCUGAACUAUUAGGGUUGUCUUCCCAAAACAAACCGGUGACCUGCAUAAACCAAUUCAACAGGUCACCUGCACAUGUGGCAUUCUUUUAUUGGCUUUUAGCUUUUUUGUUUUCUUUUUCUUUUCUUUCUUUUUUUUUUUCUUCUUCCUUACCUUUUCCUUCUACGUCUCUUUCUCUGUGUCUGCUUUUUAUUCUGUAUCCGAAGAUUUCAGAUGGAACACAAUGAAUUCCUGAUGGGAAUCAAGAGUCUCAAACUAGGGAAAAUAGAUAUGGCCGGAAUGGGAAUUUUGACUAAGUUUUUUACUUCCCUCUUUGUCUUCUUCUUCCUUGGGCAUCCAAAGGUAAUUCUUUCCAGCGAGAAAAUGAAGAAGACGGUCAUCCCCAUCUGAACCGAUUUCAGUAGUCGCCCAUCCCUUUUGUUGGUAUUUGGCGUCACUCCAAGCAAGAAGAGAGAUUGGAGGAAAAGGGGCGUUGUUGACACCGUAGAACACCAAUACAGCCACCGAUCACAGAUGAUGAACAGUCCCGAUCCUAAACUCCAGAGCACUCAUCUGGCGGAAACGGAAGCAUAAGAUAAGAAGAAGACUGGGAUCGUGGGUAGAGGAAGGUACCAUCAAAAUUGGCCCUAGAAGCACUCCGGUUACCAUCCUUGAAGUUCCGCAGGAUUCAUCGGCCGCCGGCUAGAAAGGAGGCUUUUAACCUUUUUUUUUAUUUCUUUUCUAUGUUCCUUUUUACGGGUUCACUAAGUUACCGGUCACCCGAGAUCAAUUUGAGAAAAAGGCAUAUAAAUUUCGGAUUAUUCUAGAAUUAUUGAUAUUUGGGAUUAUUAUUGGAAGAACGGUGAUAGUUGGGAUUAUUCAUGUGAAUUUUUCCUAAUACUAAUAGUAACAAUUUUAGUAUCAAUUUUAAGGGGUUAAUUAAUGGCUAAUUGAUUAGCAAUAUGUUUUUAUUUGUAAACCGGUAUUUCUGAAAAAUGUUAGGAAGAUUAUCUUUAUAUGAUUUAUAACAUUUAUUUAAGAUAGAGAGAGGAUAGCUCUCGCUUCUCUCUAAAACCUAGCGGCCUUCUCCCCUAUGUUGAGAUUUUCCAUCGUCUGGGAUUGGAGCGGCAGAUUAUUCUGAUAUUAAGUGUUCUGAUGCUUGGGAUUACAACUAUGUCGGAGGAGAUAACACUGGUGGAUGAACGGAUUGCAGAUGAGAUUUUGUAUUGGUGUUGGGUCAUGAAGUCUUGGUCGGCCGUUUCGACGGUGGUUGAGUUUGUAUUCAUACAUAUUACAAGAGAUCGUCCUUCUCCAGAACCACCUCCAUACCAGGAAGAGUGUUGCGGAAAGAAUUUAUUGCAAUAUUAUUUUCUCUUUAGUAGUGUUAGUUUUAGUUUUAGUCAGAGUGGAUUUGGUUUAAAUGUUUGGAUUUUUGGAGUUAUUUUGAUACACAGGGUUUCCGAUCUGUUCAUUUUAGACUUAAAUUUGUCCGUUUCAGGUUUAGCGAGUCAGGUUGCUUUGUAUGAGGUGACUGAUUCUAUGUCUACUCCUAGGGUUCACGAUUGAAUCUGUAAAAUCUGUCUGAAGAUUGUCUUGUAUGCAUUCUUGAUUUUAAUAUAAAGUCGGAUAUAAAAAAACAUUUAUUUAAGAAUUUGUGCUAUUUUGUUAAAUAAGUAGCACAUAAAUCGG